AGGAAGUCUGGUCACUAUAUAUUAAACAGUAAACCUCACUGAGAGCUCUGUGAUCAGUUGAUUACUUAACUGUAAACUGCUUUAGAGACAUGUAGACAGCAGAUAUAAUGGUUAAAUCUGAUGAAUAGUGAGAUGAAUAAUGAGAGAGGAAAGAAUAAAUUCACCAUUGCAAACUUUGGAUUCAUAUUUUUCUCAGAUGCUUGUGUGAAAUCCUUGAUAAUUUGACUUCUCUUGGCCCUGAAUAGUUAUUUAAAUGAGACAAUUUGAGCUGCUUGGAGGGGAAAAUUGUUGAAACUCCAACUAGACACAAUCUUUACUGAUUUAUUUAUUUUUAACUCGAGGUCACGAGCCAAAAUCACUGGAAACCGCCGGUUUACGUUUCAACAAUGCUGUGUUUUAUAAGCUUUCCAUGUGUCUUUACAUGUGAAAUCUUAAUUCCAUUUUGCAUACAUGUACCAGAGUAAACCUUGCAUUAUGUUUCCCCUGAAAUACUUGCAUAAAACCCAAGCAUCUUCAAUUAAAGUUUGAAUCAGAUGAAACUUCAGCUGAAACUUCCCUCCACUGCCGUGUAUUUCUGAGCUCUCUGGGCCGGAGCUUCUCCUCCGCUCGGUGGCUGCUUCUCCGGGAUCAUCACCAUUGGUCCGAGCACUGAGCGCUGUCCCCUCUCUGUGCCAUUCUUGGCUGCUGGAGCAGAGAGAGAGUAACCUCAAAUUAUUGCCGAGACUCUGUCCACUCCGGGUCCAGCAGGCGUCUGUGGCAGGCACCAAAUCUGGAUUAUGCUGAGGACAUGGGAGUCACGCAUGGGAAGAAGAGAGACCUCCAACAUUUUCCAGCCUCCAUGACGAAGACACACCAAUCUGAGCAGGAGGAUCGCUUCCCAGAGCUCCAGGGGUUUGGUCCGUCCCAGCUGCAGAGUGAAGAGGAGGCCAGCCACCUAAUCAGACCCCACAAACCUCUCAAUCCUUUAACUGCCUCCAAGAGCCACCAGGAGCUCCACAAAGAGCUGCAGAUGACCCACAAGAGGAGAGUGACUCAGGAAGGAAAGACUGAACUCCAGAGAGCUCUGGAGAAGAGGAAAUGGGAACAAAGGAUGAAGGCGAGCAGAGAUCAGCAGGAGGCGAAGAAGAACACGUCGCCUCUUCACCAGGAGCUGCUGAGGAGGCAUCAGAGGCUAGAAAACCUGGAGAGAGAGGAAAAAUCCAAGCAAGAGGAACCAGAGUUCCUCCAAGUCAAAGAGAGACUGAGGAGAACCACCACCGUGCCGGACGCAGGAGAGAAACAAGUGUGA